AGGGUCACCAUUGGAAGGAAUAAAGAGACCCCCCAAUUGCUGGCAGCAUUUAGUAUAUAAAAGGCCUCGCUGUUGACAAGAAGGUGGCUUUUUUGAAGCCCAUCGACCAAGAAAGUAGUGUUCUGUAGUUGAUAAAACCUUCAAAAUGUCAAAUGCAAACAAUGUUCCCAAAGUCUACCGUAAUGUAAUCGAAGAAGUAAUAAAAAACGUCAAAGAAGCAUUUCUAAAUGAAGGGGUCGAUGAGCAAGUCUUACAAGAGCUGAAACAGAUAUGGGAAAAUAAGCUAUUACAAUCAAGGGCAGUAGAUGGAAUGCCUGCUGACCAACCAGCAAGACCACAGUACAUGUAUCCUCACAUCSUGCAGACAAACCAAGGGAUCCCUACCGCAGCUCAAUUGGCAAGACAACCACAGCCCCAGCAGCAAGUUGCACAGAGAGUUGCAAUCAGCCAUGCAGCAUCAAGUGCAGCCAUGCCAGGUACAAUAGCUCAUCGACAGGCACCACCUGGACAGACAGCCAUUAUAUUCCCAGAAGCACAUGUAUCACAGCAACAGACUCAUAUUCAUGCAUUGAGUCAAAUGACUCCUGCUGCCACUGCAGCUACUUUAGCAUUACCUGGAAUGCAGCAAGUUCAACGUCCUUCAGGGACAGGGCUAGCUACAUCAUAUCCUACAGCUAGAACAAUACAAGUUAGUACUCAACACUUGCAACAACAACAGCAGCAACAGCAACAACCAAGUCAACAGCAAGUUGUCACAACACAGGUCCAGGCCAAUAAACCAUCCCACAUGAUCAUUCAAGUUGAUGGUGCUAAUGACAGUGAUAGCGAUGAUGGAGAUGAUGAUGAUGAUGAUGAAGACCAUGAUAGAAAUACAAGUCAUGAAUUUGAAGAAGAACAAGAGCAACCAGUCGAGGAGGAAGAGCCAUUGAAUUCUGAGGAUGACGAUUCUGAUGAUGGCGCAACUGACUUGUUUGACACUGAAAAUGUAGUGGUCUGCCAGUUUGAAAAGAUUGCCAGGAGCAGAAACAAGUGGAAGUUUCAUCUGAAAGAUGGAAUUAUGAAUGUAAAAGGCAAAGACUACAUCUUUCACAAAGCAACAGGCGAAGCUGAAUGGUAAAGGAAAGUAAAUUCUAAUGUGUUCAACAAAUUUCUUUGCAGAAAGUAUACCAAAACAAAUAUAAUAUUUUUGUUUCUCAUACAAAAAUUCAAAAAGUCGCUGUUUAAUUAGCAAGAUAUUUAAAAAUGAUAGGUGAACCUGGCUUUAAACACAUGGAAGAAUGUUCAACGUAUUUGACAAUGGAUUUAGCUACUACUAAAGUCUUUUAACAAUAUACAUUUAAGAACAAUACAACUAAUGCUUCAUAGAUGUGAAGAUGUACCACCUUAUUUCAGAAAUGACUGAAUAAGAUGGCAUAAAAUCAAUAAUUUAUCUUGUCAUGGAUAAGACAGCUUUUCACAUGAAAUUUGUUUUCUAAAUUUCUCUGAAAAUUCUCGACAUCAUUGCAUUAGCUGUUUGACCAAUAAUUAUUACAUUAUAAACUACAAACUGUACCCUUCAUUGCCAUGCUGCUACUCCGUGUCGGUGAAUGAUUAGUGCUUCACAUCUGCUGUACUUCUUACUGAUCUCCAUGAACAGAAAAUAUUUUAGUUUUGUUUCAUAGCUUGAAUCCAUCACUACAAUGUCACUUACAAAUAAGCUUAUGAAAACAAUUGUUCCAGACAAAAAUUUAGAUUGAAAUCCUCCAAUUUGUAGUUUAAUUAUUGUACUUUAAUAUGUUGUAAAUUAUAUAUAUUAUAUAUACGAAAGAUAUUAAAAAUGAAUAAAUAAUGAUAUAAAAACAGCAAUAUCCUAGUCUUGUUAGUCUCUAUUUAA